GCCUUUAAGUCAAGAUUUCCUUGCAUUAAUCAUUUCGGCAUUUGGUCUAGUUUACAAACAUGCUGAUUUUUAUAUUAGCUUUUUCCUUCGGAUUAGCAUGGGGAAGUCAAAAUAAUCCAAUGGAAAAUCCAGAUCUUUUCUUAGGGGAUAUAGCUGGCAUAGACAUUGAAGAUAGAAAUGCAAUCACAUCUGAGCGACAGCGAUGGACAAAUGGUGUUAUUCCUUACAAUAUAGACCAUACAGCUAGUCGAUUAGCAUACGUAAUAGGAAUGGUUAUGAAUCAUAUAUCUAAUAAAACUUGUAUUACAUUUAAAAAACGCACAAACGAAGAGGAUUACAUUAAUAUUUUUCGAGGACAAGGGUGUUACUCUCAUUGGGGUAAAACAGGAGGCAUGCAACCUUUGUCUCUUGGCGUAGGUUGUGAACCAUUUGGAACCAUUCUCCAUGAACUUAACCAUGCCAUUGGAUUUGCUCAUGAGCACAGCAGAUCUGACAGGGACAAAUAUAUUUUCAUUGAGCGAGAAAAUAUCAAGGAAGGAUUUGAAAGCCAAUUCGUGAGACUAAAGAAGGACCAAAACAGAUUAAUCAAUAAAUUUGAUUACGAUUCUAUCAUGCUUUAUGGUGAAAAUGCAUUUUCUAAAAGUCUUUAUAAAAAAACAAUGAUUCCAUUAAAAAAAGGAGUUAAACUAGUCGGUCCCCAUGCGAAAGAUGAGAUGAGUCCUAGUGAUAUAUACAGAAUCAACGUACUGUAUGAAUGUAAGGAUUAUCUGUGGGGUCGUCAAGAAAAUCCAAUGGAGAAUCCAGAUCUCUUCUUAGGUGAUAUAGCUGGCAUAGACAUUGAAGAUAGAAAUGCAGUCACGUCUGAUCGACAGCGAUGGCCGAAUGGUGUUAUUCCUUACUAUAUAGACCAUACUGCCAGUCGAUUAACGUAUAAAAUAGGAAUGGCUAUGAAUCAUAUAUCAAAUAAAACUUGUAUUACGUUUAAAAAGCGCACGGAUGAAAAGGAUUAUAUUAAUAUAUUUCGUGGAAAAGGUUGUUACUCUCAUUGGGGUAAAACAGGAGGCAAGCAACCUUUAUCUCUUGACGUAGGCUGUGACCCUUUUGGAACCAUGCUCCAUGAACUUAACCAUGCCAUUGGAUUUGCUCAUGAGCACAGCAGAUCUGACAGGGACAAAUAUGUGUACAUUGAGAGAGAAAAUAUCAUGGAAGGGUUUGAAAGCCAAUUCAUGCGACUAAAGAAGGAUCAAAAUAGAUUAAUCAAUAAAUUUGAUUACGAUUCUAUUAUGCUUUAUGAUGAAACUGCAUUUUCAAGAAACAGAAUUGAUAGAACAAUUAUUCCAUUAAAAAAAGGAGUAAAACUAAUCGGUCCUCAUAAAAAAUAUGAGAUGAGUCCUAGUGAUAUAUACCGGAUCAAUGUACUGUAUGAGUGUAAGGAUUAUCUGUAAACUAAUCUAUUAGAUGUGUAAAAACAAAAUGUGA